CUUAAAUUCGACUUGAAUUUUCCCUUCUCUGAAAACGAAAAGCCGAAAAACAACAUCCCAAUCGACAUUUGACAGCCACCUUGCAGCCACCCAAACAUUUUCCCGAUCGUUGAUCGCAGGAGCCGACCAAAAUCAAACGCGAACACUAACGAUCACCAGGGCCCCCCGUAACUAUGGUGGCGAUAGUUACGUGAAAAAAACAAGCUGAAAGCUUACUUUAUAAGGUGCGCACCCCCCAACCAGCCAUACCAGCUCGAGCCGUUGUUGUGUACGGACGCUUACUAAUAUUUUUCUCUCUUUCCAGAAUCCAGCGAAAUGGGAGCGAAGAUGUCACGCCGAAAUGGGCGGAAGGUCGCAGCGGUCAUGGAAUCGGCCAGUACGGCCGGGGAGGUGGCCACUCCUACGAUUGAGGUAGUGGCCACUCCGGUGAUGGGGACAGAGAAUGCGAACGUUGACCGGGUCGCGGGUGACGGACGGGUUGACGGGGGUAACAGUUCGACGGGGGCCAUUCCGGAACCGGAUCCGCCGGUUUCGGAACCAAAUUUGACUGAUUCUUGUUUCGGCCAUUCAGUUGAACCGGCGGAUCCGGUUCCGGAAAGCCCGAUGGUAAAUGCAAUUUCUUUAAAUAAUCUUUCGGACAAUACUGCGGCGGCUCCGGUAACGGAACCGCCCGUAGAUCAAAAUUAUUCUUUGACAAAUUUGACCAUUUCAGGUGUAGACCAGUGCCAAAACGAAACGGUGACGGUGGUUCCGAUGCCGGAUCCACCGGUUGAAAUUUUGACAGACGAUUUACCGUUUGAAUAUGAAAGACCGGUGGAUUCGGUACCGGAAUCGCCGGUUAUCAAUCUAGCUUUAGCUGAACACUCGGAACCACCUGCGGCGGCUUCCUUCGUGGAACCGCCCGCAGAACCAAAUGCUUGUAAUGUUGAUUUUCUCAUUUCAGAGCCUUCGGAGGGAGUUCCGGCACCACAAAAUUCUAACAUUUCUCUAAAUUCUAAAAAAUCCGUUCGUUUUACAGAUUUCGCUCAGGUUAAGGAGUUCUCAGGGUCGGAAUCUUUCGUUCCGACCCUGUACUCGGUUCUAGUAAAAGAUCCUCCGGAAACGGUGCCGGAACUGCCUCCGCUAAAUUCGAAAGAAACGACAUAUUUUUGGUGCUACUCCUGCUGUCAAAAUUCCAGUACGAACACUUUGCCCUGGUUGCUGCGAUUGCGGUAUUCUAAAUUUGCGAUGUGGUUGCGCAGCUUGUUCUGCGGUUCGAUGUGUUGCGCUGUUAUUGGUUUGAUUGUUUUUGUUUAAUUGUUGAUGAUUUUCUCGUUUCAUGAGCGGUUUCAUGUUCCUGUUACAUAUUUUUCUGACGGAUGGAUUGGAGUUGCUAGUGUAGAUAAUGGAAUUGCAUUGAUAUUUUGAACUGGUGAUUACGAAGAUGACGAUUACGUGAUGCUGGUGAAGCUGAUGACGACGAUGAUUGAAUAUUUUUGAGUCGAGGAGAUAAUUGUUUUCAGAUGCUGACUGGAUACUGAGCACGGUUGCGGUGGAGUUCGAUGGUCGGAGGAGAACCUUUUGAAGAACCUUAUAUUUACAAAUGAAUUGUAAUAUAUUGAAUGAAUUGUACCUUAUUAGAAUUGUU